CAGAGCGCAGCGCCGCUGGGGGCACCUGGCGCACUAAACCGCACCGCAAAUCCCUUCGGCUGGGUUGGCAUGGCUUGACGGGUCUCCGAAGGAAGUUUCAGGAAAUGCAACAGGUGGAGGAGCCGAAGGAAUGAACUGUGUAGUGUCGUGACUCUCGGUAGCGUCCCGGGCUAGCUGCGGUGUGUUCUUCAAGGUGCCUGCGAGAGUCGGACAGCCAAUCUACUGCGCACUCCGUGUUUUCACUCUGGUGGCACCAUGGAUGACAACAGCCUCAAUGACUCCAACGUAAAGGUCGCUGUUCGCGUGCGACCAAUGAACAGGAGAGAAAAAGACCUAAAGACAAAAUGUGUGGUGGAGAUGGAGGGGAACCAGACAGUCCUGAAUCCAGCCAUCACCAACAUUAGCAAAGGAGACCCCCGAAAUCAGCCAAAGGUGUUUGCCUUUGACCACUGCUUCUGGUCCAUUGAUGAAUCUCAGAAGGACAAGUUUGCAGGUCAGGAUGUCGUGUUCCAGUGCCUUGGGGAGAGUCUGCUGGACAACGCCUUCAUGGGCUACAAUGCCUGCAUCUUUGCUUACGGACAGACAGGCUCUGGGAAGUCGUACACCAUGAUGGGCUCGGCGGAGCAGCCCGGUCUGAUCCCUCGGCUCUGCAGCUCCCUGUUCAGCAGGACCGUGCGGGAGGCCCGGGAGGGGGAGUGCUUCACCGUGGAGGUCUCCUACAUGGAGAUUUACAACGAGAAGGUCCGAGACCUGCUCGACCCCAAAGGAAAUCGACAAGCGCUGAGAGUCAGAGAGCACAAAGUCUUGGGGCCUUAUGUUGACGGCCUGUCUCGCCUGGCCGUGGCCUGCUACAAGGACAUCGAGUCUCUGAUGUCGGAGGGAAAUAAAUCUCGCACGGUGGCAGCCACAAAUAUGAAUGAAGAGAGCAGCAGGUCCCACGCGGUGUUCAACAUCAUCCUCACACACACACUCAUGGACCUACAGUCUGAGACGAGCGGAGAGAAGGUGAGCAAGCUGAGUCUGGUGGAUCUGGCUGGCAGCGAGCGGGCGGCGAAGACCGGAGCGGCGGGGGAGCGCCUGAAAGAAGGGAGCAACAUCAAUAAGUCCCUCAGUACUCUGGGUUUAGUUAUCUCUGCCUUGGCUGACCAGGGAGCAGGGAAGUACAAGAGCAAGUUUGUUCCCUACAGAGACUCUGUGCUCACCUGGCUGCUCAAGGACAGCCUGGGAGGGAACAGCCGCACGGCCAUGGUCGCCACCAUCAGCCCCUCUGCGGACAACUACGACGAGACGCUGUCCACCCUGCGCUACGCCGACAGGGCCAAGAGCAUCGUCAACCACGCCGUCGUCAACGAGGACCCCAACGCCAGGAUCAUCCGAGAGCUCCGGGAGGAAGUGGAGAAACUGAAGGAGCAGCUCUUGGAGGCCGAGUCUAUGAAGGCCCCCGAGCUAAAGGACAGGCUGGAGGAGUCUGAGAAACUGAUCCACGAGAUGACCGUCACCUGGGAGGAUAAGCUCACCAAGACGGAGGCUAUUGCACAGGAGCGUCAGAGGCAGCUAGAGAGCCUGGGCAUUUCCCUGCAGUCCUCUGGAAUCAGAGUGGUGGAUGACAAGUGUUUCCUGGUCAACCUUAACGCUGACCCCGCCCUCAACGAGCUGCUGGUCUACUAUCUGAAGGAGCACACACUCGUGGGCUCGGCCGACUCGCAGGACAUCCAGCUGUGCGGGAUGGCCAUCCAAGCGGAGCACUGCGUCAUCGACAUCAGCGAGGACGACGGCGUGGUGCUCGGUCCUCACCGCAACGCUCGAACCUGUGUGAACGGUGCUGCCAUCUCCAGUCCAGUGCAGCUUCACCACGGCGACCGCAUCCUGUGGGGAAACAACCACUUCUUCAGGAUCAACCUGCCGAAGCACAUGGUCCACGCAGGGGGUGAGGACGAGGAGGGCGGCGCUGCGAUGAAGACGUGUUUGAGCACAGACCGGCUGGAGGCGGACUUUGACGCGGCCAGCGACGUGUCGAGCGAGCUGAGCUUCGGCUACGAGUUCGCUCAGGCCGAAGUCAUGAUGAAAGGCAUGGGCAACAAUGACCCGUUGCAGUCGGUGUUACAGACCCUGGAGAGGCAGCACGAGGAGGAGAAGCGCUGCGCCCUGGAGCGCCAGAGGCAGAUGUACGAACAGGAGCUGCAGCAGCUCCGCCGGAGGCUCACCCCUGAGAAACCCUCCCACCUCCUGGACCCGGCGGGCCCGGUGGCCGGUGUGGCUGCUGCAGCGGUGGCGCCCAGCUCCCAAAAGCGAGUGCGGCGCUGGAGCGAGGACAGAGAGGCGAUGAUGACUCGCAGCCUGCGGCGCCUGAGGGAGCAGAUCGUCCGGGCCAACCUGCUGGCCCAGGAGGCCGGCUUCAUAGCCGAGGAGCUGAGCAAGAGGACGGAGUACCUGGUCACUCUGCAGAUACCUGCUGCCAACCUGGAUGCCAACAGGAAGCGUGAUGUAGUGUUGAGUGAGCCGGCCAUCCAGGUUCGCCGUAAAGGUAAAGGGAAGCAGAUCUGGGCUCUGGAAAAGAUGGAGAACCGACUGGUGGACAUGAGGGAGCUCUACCAGGAGUGGAAGGACUUUGAUGAAGACAACCCUGUGAUGAGAUCCUAUUUCAAACGCGCCGACCCGUUCUUCGAUGAACAGGAGAACCACAGUCUGAUCGGCGUGGCCAACGUUUUCCUGGCCUGCCUGUUCCACGACAUCAAGCUGCAGUACGCAGUGCCCAUCAUCAACCAGAACGGAGAGGUGGCAGGUCGGCUCCAUGUGGAGGUGUGGCGGGGAACGGAGGGCUCCGAGGACCAGGGUCCAGGACUGGCCGGCGCCCAGCAGGGCAACACAGACGGAGACCUGCAAGAGCGCAAACUGGACUGUGUGGUGAAGAUCCUCCACGCCAAUGGGCUGCCUCGCCACCUGUCCAACUUCGUCUUCUGCCAGUACCACUUCUGGGGGGAGGAGGAGUCUGUGUUCAUCGCUCCAGAGAUGCAGCCAUCCAGCUCGUCGUCCUCCUCCAGAGACCCUCAGUGCACUGUGGUCUUCGACAGCGCCAAGGAGUUGUCUGUGCCGGUGUCGGAGGACUUCUUGGAAUAUUUGGCAGAGGGGGCGGUGGCCAUUGAAGUGUACGGCCACAAGCAAUCCAACCAUCGCAGGAACCUGGCGCUGUGGGACCUGGGAGUGAUUCAGGCCAAGACCCGAACCCUCAGAGAAAGGUGGAGCGAGGUGACCCGCCACCUGGAGUUGUGGGUGCAGCUGAUGGAGCUGAACGAGACCGGAGAGUUCACAGCUGUCGAGGUUCUUCCUGCUAAAGAUGUUUGCACAGGAGGAGUCUUCCAGCUCAGACAGGGUCAGUCCCGUCGGGUCCAGGUGGAGGUCCGUUCAGUACUAGACUCUGGCACCAUGCCCCUCAUCGCCGCCUCCAUCCUCUCUGUGUCCAUCGGAGACGUCAAGGUCCGGCAGAUCUCCAAAAGCAGCGGAUCCCAAUGGUCUGGGGAUGAAGACAUGGACAGCUACCAAGAGGUUGACCUGGAGAGGAUGAGGGAACAGUGGCUGGUCACACUCACUCAGAGGCAGGAGUAUCUGGACCAGCAGCUACAGAAGAUAGUUUGCAAACCAGAUAAGUCAGAGGAUGAUUUAGAGCGGGAGUCCCAGCUGCUGGAGUGUCGCCUGACACUAACAGAAGAACGCAACGCUGUUCUGGUGCCGUCGGCUGGCAGCGGGAUCCCCGGAGCGCCGGUGGAGAGGGUGCCGGUCCCUGGGAUGGAAACGCACAUUCCUGUCUUGUUCCUGGAUCUCAGCGCUGAUGAUUUCCAGUCCAACCUGUCGGCCCCGUUGGCCGGGGGGCUGGACGCGCUGCUCGGUGGGGAGGACGACGACGACUCCUUUGACCUUCAUCUUGUGAAACACUAUGAUCCAGAGGUGAAGGUGGAGGCCUCCUGGGACUCCACGGUCCACGAGUGCCCCCAGCUGAGCCGCGUGACGUCGGCCGACCAGAGGGUCUACUUGACGGUCAGCGCGGUGGUUCAGCUGAGCCACCCGGCCCACAUGCAGCUGGUGCUCAGGAAACGCGUCUGCGUCAACGUCACCGGGAGACAGGGUUUUGCUCAGAGCCUGCUGAAGAGGAUGUCUCAGCGCAGCACCAUCCCAGGCUGCGGAGUCACCUUUGAGAUUGUUUCUAACAUCCCAGGGGACAUCCACGGCCCAGAGGACAGGGAGAUGCUGGCCAGGCUGGCUGCCAGCACCGAGGACGACCAGUCGGCCGACAGCGAGGCGGCCAUAGAGAAAUACCUGCGCAGCGUCCUGGCUGUGGAGAACAUCCUCACUCUGGACCGACUCCGACAGGAGGUGGCUGUGAGGGAACAGCUGGCAGGCAGAGGCAAAGCUUCUAGACGCUGCCUGAGCUCUCCAAACAUCAACCGGCUGUCAGCCAGCAGUGUGGAUCUCUACUCCUCUACUCACAGGCUCAAUGACUUCAAGGGCUGGGAGAGCCACCAGGACCUUUCAUCUCGACGCACCCUGCCCAGCUCCAUCUCCCAGAACCCGGCCCCAGAGACAGUGCAUUCAGGUCUUGCUGUGUCUUAUCUCCCUCCAGUGAAGGCCGUACCCAAGCUGCUGAAGUCACUGCUUCCUGGUGGGAGGGAAGACGGUCGGGAGCAGACGGCUGUCCGUCAUCAGCAGAGCGUGCCGCGCAUCGUGGUGCAAUCAGCCAGUGCUGAAGAGGGCUUGAGCAAACAGCAGCAGCCAGUUCCCAUUGAGGAAAUCAUUCCUCCCGGUUUCCAAACCGAGGGCCCCAGAUCUGUGCCCCUCCCAUCGCCAAUCAUCCCGGAGACAGAAGAGUCCACCCCCAGCCCGGUGAGCGAAGCAUCGAGCGGCUACGUGUCGACUAGCAUAUCUACAGUAACGCUGUCGGACGUCUACACGCUGAGCUGGGACCUGCCCGUGUCACCCGGCAGCAGAACCAGCGGCUUUGAGGUGGUGCUGGAUGAAGAGGAAGAGGAGGAGGAAGACGAUGACGUGACACAAUAUAACACUUACUCUGAGUUUAUUCACGUGGACCGAUCGGAGCCUCGGGAGUCCCUGCUGCUCUUUGACGAUGAGACGGCUGAAGAGAGGUCCGACUCGUCCAAACCAGACGAUACGCCAUCGGAUUCCUACCAAGGUCAAGAACCUAAUCGGUCUGUGUCGGUCCAGUUGAUGGAGCAAGAAGAGCUGGAUUCAGCUGCAGAAUCAGAUUUAAUGUGGCAGACCAAACAAGAGCAAGACUCAGUCAUUGACCAUAUUGGACCAGAACAACUAGACAAUACAGAGCCAAUUGAAGAGUCGGUGUUAGUACAAGAGAAAGAAACCAAGCAGACAGAAUGUUCACAAACAGACCCCUCAAAACCAGAACCCCCUCUUACAGAAGAACUCGAGCCAGAAGUUGAACUGUCUGCCCGAGAAGUUCAAAGUGGGUCUGAAACGGUCGCCCCAGAGCAGCCCGAACAAGACCAAACAACCUUCACCAGCGCUCCAGAUCUGGUCCCAGUUGUGGCUGAAGUCUUGGUUGCAGCUCCUAGCCCAUCUGAAGAGUUGGUUCUUCCAGCUUCGUCUAAAGAACAAACCACUCCUGAGGCCUCAAACCCGAGUGGCAUCUCCAUGCUGACUUCAUCCUCAACCACAGAAGUCCAACAGGAAACACCAGCCAACCUAUCAAAGAAAGCCACCUCCGCCCCAGCUUCUCCUCCGCCCCGUGUUCAGACCCUCAAACCUGAUGCCUCAGUGGCGAACCCCUUCAAGAUCCAAAAAGUGAAGUCUGCAGACCUCAAGUCCUUCCAGCGUAUUGUGGGCGAGGACGAGGAGGCAAAGCCCGCAGAGGCGGACCGGGCCAGCAGCCUCGGGGAAGACCUGAACCUCUCUAUGCCGCUGGAAAACCUAGAAAUUAUCUCUGACUCAGAGGAAGGAGACGCAGCAGCAGUUCUUCCUGACUGGCUGAAAGAAGGGGAGUUUGUGACUGUGGGGAACAAUAAGAGCGGCACCGUCCGGUACGUUGGACCCGCAGAUUUUGCAGAAGGUACCUGGGUGGGUGUGGAACUGGAGGUGCCGGCAGGAAAGAAUGACGGUUCAGUGGGGGGCAAGCACUACUUCCACUGUAACCCCGGCUACGGCGUGCUGGUGAGGCCGCACCGGGUGAGCCAGGCCGGUGGAAAGCGCCGCCGGCAGCAGCACAAGCGCCGUAGUGCCAACCUGUCCGGAUCCAGCCCCAACCUGGCGGCCCUCACCGCUCUGGCCAAAGGCGAGGGUGGCGGGGCAUCGACCGGCCGGCAAAAAGGAGAGAACCGCAAGUCGUGGAACAGUUGAGCUCCGAACCUGCUGAACGACCCAGCAUGCAUCAGCUGGUCGACGUGAUUAUCGGGUACGCUUUCAGAUCGUGACAAUGCGGUUUUAUUUGGGCUGAGCGACUGCAUCGGAUCCUUUACUGUACGUUUGGGUGGCAAAGGGGAAUUCAGCCCACACUGCUGUUGCUUAGGGUUGGAGAGAACACUCACCUCUUUUGUUUUUAUCAGAAAAUAUACAUGUUUAGUUUUUUGGGUAUUUCAGUAAUUAGGACUGUCUCAAAAUCAUCACAAUCUGUUCUUUUUAAAUGUAUUAUUACACUUGCCAGGCAAAAGAAUGUUAAACACCUUCAUGUGCUCAUAAUGUAUCACACAGCUGCAUCGGAUUGACCUCCAACGUUGUUUUAUACCUCGUGUAUACUUGUGCCUUGAAAUACAACGACGCCUUUGUGCUAAACCCCGAGCUGCGGCUGACAGGCCGCAAACGGUUGAACUGGAGCUUCUUUGGCUCUUGAUUGUGUCAUCUACUGUUUUAGCAACAAAAACACUUGCACUCACUUUUCUAACAAAUUCUACUGACAUUUUUGCUAUGUUUUUAAUCAACUUAUGUGUCAAGAUUGAUUGGAAAUAACUUUUUAAAUGGAAUAUUUUUUUCACUAGCGAGUAUUGAAUUAUGCCGUGUUCAUGGAGUGAUUAGUAUUCAUUUUGGUUUGGUAAACCAGAUAUGUUUUACUAUGCCUGAAUGCUUAUUUAUUGAACGAUGAAGACAUGAUGGUGAAAAUCAAAAUUACCAUUUUAUAUUGUUAAAUAAAUCUCAUUCUGCUCUCCAA